AUGGCGAGGCACGAGGCGUCGGCGUCCGCGGCCGCGGCCGCGCCGGGCGUGGACUUCCACCUUCCCGACGAGAUCCUGGCCGUGAUCCCCACCGACCCGUACGAGCAGCUGGACGUGGCGCGCAAGAUCACCUCCAUGGCCAUCGCCUCCCGCGUCUCCCGCCUCGAGGCCGAUGCCGCGCGCCUCCACCGUGACCUCGCCGACCGCGACCGCGCCGAGGCCGAGCUCCGCGCCCGCCUCGCCGACUCCGACGCGCGCCUGGCCGCCGCUCUCGACGAGAACGCGAAGCUGGCGAAGGAAAGGGACUCGCUCGCCGCGACGACCAAAAAGCUGGCCAGGAAUUUGGCAAAGUUGGAAGCAUUUAAGAAACAAUUGAUGAAAUCGUUGAGUGAAGAUAAUCUAUUGCAACUGUCUGAAACCAGUCAAGAUCACAACGGAGAAGAUAAUUUGACAGCUCGAGUCCCGUCUUGGAAAGAUGAAGUUUCAAGCAGUAAAACUUCUUCAGAUACGUCCAGCAGAUCCACAAUGACUGAAUCCGUCCAUGGUGGAGGAUACAAGUUCUCAAACACAUCAUAUAUGCCUCCAAAAUUAACUCCUGGCUCAACACCUAGGAUUUCGUCCUCCAGUGGUUCUCCCCGAGCUUAUUCAACUGGCCCACCCUCUCCCAAGUUCUUAUCUGGUCCGACUUCUCCUACAAAAAUUCGAUCUGAGGGCCAAUUGACAUUUUCAUCAUGGCAAGGAUCAUCAAGUCAUCAGUAUUCAGCACCUACCUCUCCUCCUCAACGCCAUUCGUUCACAGGGCGGCCACGUAUAGAUGGGAAGGAAUUCUUCCGACAAGCACGGACAAGACUUUCUUAUGAGCAAUUUGGAGCAUUUUUGGCUAAUAUCAAGGAGUUCAAUGCUCAGAAACAAUCACGAGAGGACACCCUGUCAAAAGCAGAAGAGAUUUUUGGAACAGAACACAAAGACUUAUACAUUUCUUUCCAGAAUAUGCUUAAUCGCAACCAAUCAUGA